UAACACAGUUGACUUUGAAGGUAUCUCCCAAGGCGUAUGGUACGAAGCGAAUCGAGAUCUCGUCCUGGAGCUUGCAAAGGCAGCUCUAGAUAAACUGGUGGAAGGCGCUCCUUUUGAAGACGGCCUGCUGGACGAAGCUGCAAUGAAUGCAACCAGAAGGAGCGACAGAUCUCACUGACGUCCACUUGGGAUGAUGAGAGUUCUGGUUGGAAAAUCCGGGGUCGACUUAGCCGGGCUGGAAAAAUCAGUGGGAGCUCCAGUGGCAUUCCUUGUACGUACAUGGGGACGAGGAAUGCGUGGAGAAAGCAAAGCAGGAAGCAGCGUCCUGGAAGAACGAAGCAACCCAGCAGUGGCAGCGAUCGUCAACGAGUGCAAGCUCAGGCUGUCAGGAGGUGUUCCUCGCCGUCGACUUCGCGGCCUUUCAGCAAAUGGACGAGCUGUGCAAAGCUUCCGUGGGAGUUUGCGUGGCCACGAGCGGGGGAGCCACAGGUCCGGACUGCGAAAGCUCAUCAGCGAUCUUUGUCUAGAGAGCUUACUAGAGAUUGAAGCAAAAAGAUAAGUAGUUUGCUAUAUAUAGCAU